AUGUUAUUUAUUAUUUUAUAAAUCCUAUUGACUUAAGCAUAACAAAACUAAACUAAUUUUCUUUACCUUUUCAACCAAUCUGCACUCGAAAUUCAAGUAACAUUACACUCACACUUGCAUCAGCCAUUUAUUUUGGCAUCAUCAAAUAAAUAAUUUGAAAAUAUCUAUUAUGUGGAAGGAUAAGAUAAAAUACAGUCUUUGAAUUAUGAUCAUGAGUCAUUCAUCACAAACAACGAUGUUCAUGUCAUAUUUACUGAGUCUGCUAUCGAUUUGUACAUAUAUGCUGGGUACUUAAAUCAAUCAUAUAAUCAAUACUCUAAUUUCUCAAUCCUAAUCUAGAAUCGAUCUGGAGAAUGCUCCUCCUUUUGUAUUCAACAAGGUAAUACAUGUAAUUCAAUUAACAAGUAGUGUUUGUGCAAGUCUGGCUAUUUUGGAAAGUUUUGUUAACUCUAGAGAACCAUUGCUGUCUUGCAAACGUAAUAUGAUAUUAUCAUAAAACCUCUUGAAUGGAUAUACAUUGGUUUUGAAACCAAAUAAUUGAAUUUGAAUGACACUUUAAAAUUGAGAAUAAGGGAUCAGUCAUCUGAAAUGUUGAUGGGAUUGGGUAUGGAGGGAAUAGAAAAUCAUGAUGUUCCUAAUGUCCAUUAUGAUGCCUAUAUGAUUCCAAAGAAAAUUCAGUAAUAGAUCUACUAAUUGAAGGGUGAUUUAAUCUAUUAUCAAUAGAUGUGUGAGAAUUGCUCCUUUUUGAAUAUUGGAUUUUACAAUUAGCAUUCAUACCCAAUCUUGUUUUAUUUCGAAUUGUAUGAUAAGGAAUAAUUGCUAGAAAGUGAUCCCUAUCAUCUAUAGAUCAUCUUCCAAUCUAUCUUUCUCACUUUUUUCAUAUUGAUCACCUAUCUGAUAUUUCGGAAGAUAAGAUAAAAACAACAAAGAGAGUAAAUCAGAUUAGUGCAAAGAGAGUUUAGAGUCAAUAGGAGGAGAAGAAGAAUGUAGCAAUAAUAGAAUGAGGAUAUCCUGAAAGGGUUUAAUUUAGAAUUUAUCCAAACAUACUUCCCACAAUUUUAUUACUUAGAUUUAAUCGACAAAUAUCCCUAAUUAAGUGAAUUCGUUGAAUGUGUAGUUUGUUUAGAAUCUAUGGCUCCUCCUCAAUAAGGUAAAUUGACAGAAAGAGAUCACAUAGAUCAUUGCUCACUGACUCCAUGUUAUCAUCUAUUUCAUUAGCAUUGUCUAUUCAAAUGGUUACAGACACAGAAGUGUUGUCCUUUGUGUCGAAAGGAAUUUAUAGAGCAGAACAUAAAAAGUAAACCAUGGAUUAGUUUUAAUAAUGAUAUAAGUUUAAGAGAAACUAGUAGAGUUAAUCCAUUUGUGCAGAGGAUGAAAACAAGAAGUGAAAAUACAUAGCAAUCUGAUAUUCCUUUGAUGGUGGACACUGAAAGUGUGGAAACCUAACCCAAUAAAGAUAUUACUGUAAAUUUAGCUUAAAAGAGUGCAAGGGAUUUGAUAAUAAGAUGA